ACUAAAAAAAAAAACAUAAGUAUCCAUUUUCGUCUUCUUUUAGUAUUCACCACCGAACAACAAUGUCUUCCUAUGGCAACCGACCAUCGUAUUCUCCUUCUGCGCCGCCACUCUCCGACCCAAAUGAGCCACCAAUAGCCCACCCAUAUCAUCCUCCUUCUUCUUCUUCCUCUGCAAAUUAUUCAAAUUACCCUCAUCAGUCUCAACCGCAAACAGCUGGUUAUGGACCUGGUUCUUCUUAUGGGUAUUACCAGAAUCCUCCAAAUUAUGGUUCUGGUUUUCCUCCGGGGACUGACCCACAAGUUAUUCAGAGUUUUCAGAUGGUAGAUAGGAAUUGUAGUGGGUUUGUUGAGGAGAAAGAGCUACAACAAGCUCUUUCUUCUGGUUACCAAAGGUUUAGUCUUAGGACUAUUCGUUUGUUAAUCUUUCUUUUCAAGAAUCCAUCUGAGUAUUUUCCAAGAAUUGGACCAAAGGAAUUUGUUGCACUAUGGAGCUGUCUUGGUCAAUGGAGGGCCAUUUUUGAGAGAUUUGACAGAGAUCGAAGUGGGAAGAUUGAUGCAACAGAACUAAGGGAUGCUGUCUACAGUCUUGGAUACAUGGUGCCACCUUCUGUUCUUGAAGUUUUGAUUUCCAGAUAUACUGAUGGAAGUGGUAGGAGACCCGAGCUGUGUUUUGAUAGUUUUGUCGAAUGUGGGAUGGUUGUGAAGGGCUUGACCGAAAAGUUUAAGGAGAAAGACACGCGUUAUACUGGCUCGGCGAAACUGACCUAUGAUGAGUUCAUGGCCAUGAUCUUACCUUUUAUUGUGUCAUACUAGGAUGCUAGAAAUUACUUUCUUAUUUCAUUUAUUGUUCGUUUGGCGGUUUUGGAGGGAAUUUCCAGAGUGGAUUGUGUCAAUAUUGUGAUCUUGACAUUGUAUAUUUACAAUUGUCUGUACAAAGUCUUUUCAUGUCAAUUCUUGUUCAUAUGUAU